UCUUUUGAAAUAUCGAAUGCCCUGUAGAACAAGCGCGAAACAGAAUAGACAAGCCACUUGGUCAUGGCGGGAACAACUGGAAGUGAUUCACAGAAGCAAUUUCUUACCCUAAUUCGUAGCCUUGCUGCUGAAAAAUCACAAGGAGAACGAAGAGUAGUAGGUCUAAGGAAGCGAAUUGAGGAGCUUCGAUCCGAGCUGGAAGACGCAAAUGCAGAACUUGAAGAUGUUAAGCGCACUAAAGAAAUUACUGAGCAAGAGGUUAAGGGCUAUGAAGUUGAAUUGGCUUUGAGCGAAACAUCAAUUCAAAGUCUUAAGUCAAGGGUUUCUCUGAUUCAAGACGAAAUUACUACAGUUGGAUCUGAUUUAGAAGCACUGAAGAACAACGAAGGAGCUUUACGAGAUGAGUUUAUAAGCCGGAUGUUUGAGCUGAAUGCAAAGAUAAGGAAGUGCCAAGAGACGUUUGCCAGAAAUUUUCAUAAAGAGGGCUCCCUUGGAACUGUUGCUGAAGAAUGCUAUAAAACUUCAGUGAGGGAGCCUAACGAACUCACUUUGACAUGUCUUGAGGACACGAUAGCCCAUGUAAUUUCUCAGACAACUAAACUGGAAGAAGAAUACCGAGCAGAACAGGAAAUUCAAAAGCAGAUGCAGAAGUUCAUUGAUUGUGAGAGAAAGGUGUCUCUGAUUGAGGUCAUUAUGAAAAAAACGCGAGCAUUGCAGGAAUUGACAAGAUAUCCUAACAGAAUAUGCAUGGAAAAAUUACUUGUUGAGCACACUAUGAAACAUUCUUUGUAGAUUAAGACUUAGGAAAUUCUUCAUUGGAUAUAAUCAUAUCAUCAAAUUAUUGGUAAAUGACUUGAUAGGUAAUGUUGUGCAUACAAACGGUUUUGUGCAAGCCAUUACAGUUGAUUCCUAGGAUAAUUCCUUAUUCGAAAACUGCCAUUUCUGAAAACAAUUUGAAUGGACAACCUCCUUGAUAGCCAUAUGCUCCUUUAGUUACAAAAAGGAGAAAAAGGAAAGAAAAAAAAGUUAAGCUUCAAAAUUGUCAUCCAAAUGGAUAUUCAACUGUCAUUUUACUGAUUUUAUUUACAAAUAGAGGAAAAGGGAAAACUAUACAACUCUUUCUGGUUUUCUGUUAUAACUAAUAUUUUUGAGCUUAUUCUCUGACUAUAAUUCAUGACCUACUGAAAUUGUCCUUGACUGGAAAUAAGCAGACUUCUGAAUUAGAACAGGUGUACGCUUCCAUUGGUGAGGAGUUGCAGAGAAGAUGCAUUUGUCCCAACUGUCAUUUGGAAAAUGUCGACUUCUUGGGUGGAAUUCUUCAGCCAAAUGAGACAAGUUAA